CCAUCCCAUUAGUUUUUUUUCUUUUUGAGAUACCCAUCUCACAGACUGAAAUCUUUGAUUUUCUGCCUCUCAGUGUAAUUUCCUUAUCAAAGAACUCAGCUUUUCUGAUCUUUAAUAACAACUUAUUUCGCAUAUCCAUAAGUGCAAUUUCUUGAUCUUUUUGGCUGAUUGAGGCAAACCCACAUAAGGAAAGAAAUCAAUCUAAUCACUCCAUUUCAAGCCUUAGAGAAUCCGACUAAAAAGCCUAUCUUUUGCUUUCGAUGUAUUGAAUUCGAAUUCUAUUGAAAAAAUUUGCAUACACAGUUUCCCGUUUGACAACAAGAUACAACUCAACAAUCUUAAUCAAUCCCCUAUAUGUGCAAGCAACUGAAUUACGGAAUUGGAUAAAUGAGAACAAACAAAUGCUAAUGGAAUACACAGUGAAAAGUUCAGCGGAGUCAGCUUCAUAGCUUAGUAGCUGUUGACAAUGAAAUAUUAUGUGUUUCAGCUAUUGCUACGCAAACUUCCACUUUGAGUUCAUUAAAUUACAAAAUAUUUUACUUGCAUGAUGAUGCGCUUACUAUUUUGUUGUUGGUGCGUCCUGGGAUUGAAAGGUAUAAAAAUGUAUCCCCUACUGAUCUGACUCCAGCGGAUUCUCGAGAAGCCAAUUCUCUCUCUCGAUCUAGAUCUACUUUACCGACAAGAGCUCUUAAUGAAUGAGCAAUGAUUGCAGAAUUGAUCACUAUAUUACAUCCUAUUUGUAUUCUACGUUAUCUUAAUAUUUGGAAAUGAUUCAAACAAAAAUAUGCUAAAAAUGGCUGUUUGAGGUAAGUGGGGAGGGUGAGUCUGGUGAAUUUAAUUUUGCCUUACGGUAGCUUGAAAAGGUAAAGUAAAAAUCAUAAUUUUUGUUUGUCUUACGUUUAAAAAAAACUAAGAAAUGUUGGUUGGAUUAGCUGCUGUUAAAGUGUCACAUCCAUUGGUAGUUGAAUAUGCUAGUGGGUAUAAUAGAAAGUGUCAUUCUUUAAUACAGUAAUUCUCAACGAAAAACUAACAGUGAGAUAGGAGGUUGGUAAAGAUUGGUUGUACUUUUGUUGUUCCAUAUAAUUACUGUUGUUUCAUUAAAAAUUUGUGCUUCAUUUUUUAUGUGCUUGAUAUGAAAAUAUUAAUAGUUUACUUUGCACAAAGUGACAGAUCAGAUAUCCGCUUGUUUUGUUUUAGAAAAUGGCGAUCUCUGCAUGUUCUAUAGGAAAUCUAAACGAAUUAUAUUCUGCCAACUAUAUGUUCCUCUCUUUCACUCUUUUAUUGUAUACCACAUUCUUGUUGUACAUUCUUUCUAAUAGUCCGUUAGAUUUUACUGUCACAACACACUCCUCAUGAGGUUUUACUAACUAUGCAACUUUAUAUUAUUUCGUCGCUGAAAAUUAUGCGGAAUUAACAAUUGAUGAUUUAGUAAGUUCCAUUGCUUAUGUUGUAAACAUAAACCUAAUGACUUGUUUCAUUAUUUACAUUUUGCAGGCGAAAACUUUUUACGUCGAAGGAGAAAUUUCGCUACCUGAGCAUUUCCAACGAUUUUAUCCGCUAGGUUGUUCUGAAUGUAACCAUCUUGUUCGGAGCAAAAUAAAAAGGGAGAUCCAAUGCAUAAACUGCAGGCUGCCACGAAUGUUAAUUCCAAGUGCCACUUUGAGGUAGAAAUUACAGACGAAACUGGCACAACAACAGCAACAGUGUCUGAAGGCUUGGGCGAAAGAAUGUUAUCAAUGAGAGCUGAACAGAUAUAUGAUAUCAUCAAUGUUAAGAAUGAGUUAUUCCAUGUUGCCCAUAUCAAUCAACUACUUGCAGAUAAACUGUUCAGAGUUCAGCUACAAAGGUCAUCAUCCAGAACACCAGACAAAAAUGCAGGUUCUCUGGUUCUUUUAUCAUACACUGAAAAACCAACCAUGUUUCUACCAGAAGAGUCAACAUCUGUGAGUGGUGCCGACAAAAUUAUGGAAGAAGAGCCAAUAGUUGUGACUGAUGCAAAAGCAACUAAGAAACGAAAAAGGGAACCAAGUAUUCUACCAAAGCCACAGUCAAGAUUGUCGAGGCAAUGAUGUUCGCUCAGACGGUAUGCGAUGUACAGACACAUUUUGACAAAUCAUUUUAACAAAGUUUAGAUAGUUGGCGCCUUAACAAAGUGUUCCGCAUUUUUUGCGUAAAUAGUUGUCAGUAGCGUGUGCCUAUAUUUUUGAAGGCAAUUGAUAUUACUUUUUGGAUAUUGGAGCGGCCAGAUGUUGUAGAAUGACAUCUUAUAAUUAGGAUCCAUGUACAUUUCCAAAAUUGUGGUACCAGUCUGUUUAUUGAAAUGUAGAAACUGAAUGUAGUGUUGUUGCAUGUCCUGUCACAUUUAAGAAGUAUUAUGAGCUGGUUGACAUCAAUGCAAUAAACAUGCUCUUCUAUGCAAA